AUGACGACAGCGGCAUCGGGGGUGAGGUCACGUCCAGGGAGAACAACCGAAGAGCAGGAGCGCGAGGACGAAAAGAAGACAGCAAACAACAAGAAGAACAGGAAUCAGGACACCAAGAAGGGCAAAAAGGGCAGCAGCAGCCUGAGGGAGUCGAGCAGUGUGGAGGAUCUAGUGUCCAAGAGUAAACAGAGUGAUAAUGUCCGUGACAUACGCAAGCAAGUGACUAUUGAUGAUGGGGAUAUGUCCCUUAGUGUAUUACAUACAUAUCAGAACAAUAAGAAAGUAGAUAAAUUUAACCAUUUUAUAGCGAAUGGAAAAUAUAUCAGAGAGUCGAGCAUGAUGGACAUUGCCAAUGACAAUGAGUUUGACACUGACCAAAGGCCUUCCGACUUCGUGACUGAUUUCUAUAGUGUAGGAGACUCGUUCCUUGGAGAUGACCUUUCUCGCACCCCCUCAUCUCCUUCAGGGGGUGACUUUGAGGUGGUGAGCAAGAAAAGGAGCAAAAGGGCCAAGAACAAUCCCAGAAUGCGACCCAGAGUGUGCGGAAUGCCGGCUCAGAAAGGUGGAGUGGUAGCACCAACAGUG